AAGAAAAACAAACAUUUAACCUAGAAAUUAAUCAAUAUUGAUGAAGAUGAAAGAAAGUUUCUUAUUUCCCGAUUGUGAUUUUUUAUUGGAGAAUGCAUCCACUGAGCAGAAUGAGAAAAUUGUUGUUGUUUCCAUCAUUGGGAAAACCGCAUACAACUCAAAGGGUCUGAAAUUGAAAGCCUUAGGUCGUAUGUUUACAUCCCCAGAUAAAAGGACCAAUGAGUGUACAAUUGAAGGCUAUUAUGAUGAGAAGCAUCAAAUCAUAUAUUUGCAUGUACAUAGCCUACUGGACACUGACAACUUUAUCAAAAAUUACUCAUCUUUGGAGGAGAAGUGUGACAUGAGCAAUGAUUUUCUCACUAUUUUUGAUCAAGUCAAGAGUUCCUAUGCUAAGACUAUGUUCACAUUAUUUUAUAUAAGUCACAUAGUGAUCAUUUCACAGCCCAGUUAUACAUUUGACACGAAUUACAUUCAAUAUUUCAAAGCAAUGGAAUCUAUGGAUCAGAAGUUGCUAGAGAAUAUAUCAUCGGCGUUGAGAGAAGUCGCGUGUCUGGGAGAGAAUUGGAUCAUAGCAGGAAGACCGGCAACACCUCGAGUUAUAUUUUACUUUGAGAGAUGCCCGAAGUCGGUCACCAAUAUAAAGAAAUACGAACACAAUAUUGAAGAUAGGAUUUAUUAUAUAUUGAGGAAAACGAGAAUUAUUUCGUACAAUAAUUCCUUUGUCAGGGCCUGGUCUUUAUUUGCAAUACCUUUGAACGAAGAAUUUGUGUUCGUUUCAUCAGAUGGUCCACCUGAUCGAUUGGGCGAAGCCGUCAGAGGAUUAGUCAAGGGGUGUCAACCGGACGGAGCGAUACAGAUCCAAGCUCCAUAUUGCAGCCAAUCAGAUAAUCCUCGCAACUUUCAGAACUUUUUAAGGAAACACAUCAAGCAGGCAAGGAGCAAGGGUUUUGAAGAUGUCCAAGCCCAUUUCGAGUUACCGAGUUUGCUGGAAUGGGUUAAAGCAUCGAAGGCGAUCCACGGAGUGAUGGAAAAACUGGGAAGUAUUUCAGAACUGAGCACAGAGACCAGAUUUUCUGAGCAAAGGUGUCUGAAGGUGCUGCCAUUGGCUGUAGCCAGGUAUCAGGAGGCGUUAACGGGGCGGUACACAUCGACCGUCCACGAAACCCGAUUGGGCUUCGCCAUGGCACUUUUUGGCGCUCAAGCUAGAGGCCCAAUGUUCCACAAGUUUAGUAAACAACUCGAGGCGGAAUGCGUGGCAUUCUGGAAGAAUGGUAAACAGCUUUGUGAGAAGCUUUCGCUGACCGGAAAUCCAUGCACGCAACGGAAGGAGCACGGCGAAGAUGUGGAGCAUAGCAGUGGUGUCAAGUACGUGGCGGUUUGCGAUUGCGGACGCAAACAAGGAUCCAGGGACGAUCCAUAUAAUGCUAAAGACGCAAAUUACACAUUCUAUUAUGUAUUGUCGAAGGAGUGCGGAUGCUUGAAGAGUGAAAGACUACCAUUUCCUAUUUUUAAACCUUCUGGUAGUGAUUACAAAGUUGCUGUUCUGGAUUCUGAAGAGACCUUGUCCGAUAACAACUCUGAAGCAACCGAUGGCAAGAUGUUGGUAAAACAAAGUACCACAGAGUACUUGCCAGGCAUGUUGACAACAGUAUCUCCUCGUAAUCUUCUACCAGAGUAUUCCAGUUGGUCGCUUGUAUGUUUGGGGCCAAGCUCUCUGUACAGCCACAAUUUGGGUCUUUCGGAUAACUACUACCCUGGAUUCUGGGCAACGACAAAUUACCUUUUACCAUGGGACGUCCUGGUUUACAGUAAGGCUAUGCAUCCGGUGACGCUAGAGGAGCAAUUGGACCAGACCAAAUGGUCCAACAAGAGGCGCGAAGUGAAACCAACGAAAUGGGUUCCUCAAUUUGCAGUGAAACUAUUCAUCGGUUUCGAGUACGAAUGUCCCAGAGGACAUAGGUUCAUGCUGGCUGCCCCUGAUAAGAUUCUCAAAGCAGCGCCAGGAAGCAUAGUUAAAGACAAGGGUCAGAAAGUUGCGGAAUCUGAUAUGCCCAUGUAUUUUCCUUGCUUGUGUACCAGAGGCGUUAAAAAUAUGAUUGCCCAAUUAAUGAGGAUCCAUGUUGUUACUCCAAAAGCAGCUGUCAAUGUGAAGCUUAACCCAAGGGUGCAACCGGCAGCUGGAGCUCCAAUUUUUGUACCCACUUUAGAUGGUCCAUCCACAUUAACCCAAGCCGCCUAUUGGAUUCUGCGACUACCAUAUAUCUAUUAUUCCGAUAAGAAAAACUUCUUGGAAAACCAAAACGCGAGACUGCUUUCAGGAGUGUUCAGCGUUAAAAAAAUGGACUUUAAUUAAGCAAAUAAUAACUUUUUUAUUAAUA